UUCGACUCAUUUUCAUCACUUUUUGCUUGAAAAUAGACAUUUUUUACGAACGUGAAUGUGAAUGUGAAGGGCGCCAGAUGAACGUGAGCGCAAACGCGUUCCCACCUCAGGGAACGUGAACGUGAACGCAUUCACACUUUCCGCAAACUUUGCCAACUAUGCCUCGCUGUCUCAGCAAUGACCAACUGUAGGGUUGCUUUGGACCGGAGUGCCAAAAAUUGACCAGUGGUUCACCCAUCAGUGCCAGCAUAAUGGAAUGAUCCUUAACAGCCAACUAGUAGUGUCAUAUCACAGACACCCUAUGCACCAAACCCACAUUUAUCCACGAGGACCACAUCAUUGCCAGUAUGGCAUGUCACACAUACCACAUAGUGGCACCCCUUUGAGUCCCCUAUGGGGUCAUGAAUCACGGACAAGAUGUACAAUGCGUGUAAUAAAAGCUGACACUGUUCUAAAUCAAAAUCACUAUCCUAAUUAAAUUAAUAUCUUGGUACUUUGUAAACAUAAGUACUGCACCAAGAUAAAAAUGCAAACAUGUAAACAAGGCCCAUCAUAAACAAGUGUUCAUGUAUCAGUGUACUCAGUAAGAUAACUUACAUAUUCACAUAAUAUUUCAGUGUCGUAAUUGUCAAUAUGUAUUUAUGUAUCAUCAGUGGAGCAGGUAUAUCUUAGGUGACCAGGGUAAGAAACAGCAGCGAGCACACGCACUUUACCACAGCACAAACUUAUGUAUAACAACUGAGAUCUCUAUGUUCAGCCCAACUCUUUGCUGGUACAAUGUACUCACUAUGUGUGAGAACUUCCACCUGUCUCCCAUGGUUGCUAAGAUAACUCCUCAAAUACUCAUCUCGAUACAGUUGCAUAUUUGUGCAUUGUAAACAUAUAUGUAUAUUAACCACAUGGUCACUAGCUCAGCUAGCCUUUGUAGUAAGUGCAAAAAUGAAAAAAAAAAUUGCUUACAUAGCGGAAUGGAAUUUGAAUAAUUUGAUACAAAGUAAGCAGUUAUUUUUCCAAGUGUGCUAUUAAUUAAGAAACAUUAUAUUAACCAGAUAUCUAUGUACCUACCUUGAAAUUCAAGGAGCAGUAAUUGCGAAAAUUACAAAAAGAAAUUUUUUAUUGUUGUCGUAGCUACACUCCUUAAAAUUUAUCAAUACCACCUGGGUAUCUUAAGUAUUCGUGAAACGUUUUCUGAAAUUUGACAGACAACGUUUGAAGAGACACCGUAUAAUAGUGUUUUUAUAGAAAUGAAGGCGGACAGAAAUCUGACAAAAACAUUUCAAUUUUUCUCCAAUAUUAAAAACUGAUAGGUAGGUAUUGAAUACACGCUUGAAAUUCUAACAAAAAAAAUGCAAACAUUCGAGACUAAUGAGUUUCUAUAAAAUUAAAUGUUUGGAAUACUAAGCGAAGUGAAUUAAAUUGAAGCACCUCGUCAAACUGGGAAAUGUACAACUUUUUAUAUCAAUUGCAUUCCACUCUUUUCAAUGAAGUCGGUAUAUAAGUACGUGAAUGUCUUGAAAAAACCUACCUAAUAAGGUUGCCUUUCCUUUUCUCAUGUGGCAAUUUUUGCCCUGUCACGAUACCUAUUUGUACGUAUGUAUGUAUUUGUAUACCUUACCUAAUAUUAUCGAUUCAAUAAUAGAGUUUAAUUUGAAAUUCAUACUUAUUUACUGUCGCUCCAUUUUGGUGUUGUAGCAAUAAUAGUACAUAUUUCCUCAUUUGCCAGUUUACAUACAUCAUAUACUUUUUAAAAAAAUAGAUUAGGUAAGUACAUACAUCAAACGUAGAUAAAAUGUCGAUAACUUUUGCAAAAUGUUUCUGUUACAGGCACUUCACCACAGCACAAACUUAUGUAUAACGACUGAGAUCUCUAUGUUCAGCCAAACUCUUUGCUGGUACAAUGUACUCACUAUGUGUGAGAACUUCCGCCUAUCUCCCAUGGUUGCUAAGAUAACUCCUCAAAUACGCAUCUCGAUGCAGUUGCAUAUUUGUGCAUUGUAAACAUAUAUAUUAACCACAUGGUCACUAGCUCAGCUAGCCUUUGUAGUAAGUGCAAAAAUGAAAAAAAAAUUGUUUUUGUAAAUACCCCGAGUCGAUUUUUUCUGGGAUAAUUGCAAAAACAUCGACAGUUUUUUCUAUUUCACAUGCAUUUAAAAAAAAAAAUGCCUCUCGCUUUACUUAUGAGUGGUUUCAACAUGCUUUGAUAGAAGUGUUGAGCGACAAGUUGAACUCCGCAAGUUGUGACCAGGUGAAUAUGUCGGUAAAGGUUGUUGCUUCAACACCCCCCAGUUGACACAACCAGAAAAUUGAUAUUUCUUUGCAUGAGUUCACACUUUUGCAAUUACCCCAUUUUUGCAAUUACCCCACUCUACCUUAUCACAUUUGAGUAUUUAGAAGGAGAAAUACUUGGGUGUGUUCACUUUGCUUUUUGAAAUCUCGUAUACAAGACCUUGAAUAUCACCAUUUAGCAUAAAUCUGAGGUUCUUCUCACUCUCCAAUUCAUAUUCCUUAAACCUCACCUUCCCUAUCAUGCCCAAAAAGCAACACCUCCCUAAACAUUACUCAUUUACUAAUAGACUAUCGUACCUACCAGAAUGAAGGGUUGAACGCACCAGACACCUGAUACAUACAACAUACAACCAACUACAGGUCCUCCUUUCUGAUGACCCUUCUCAUACAGAUGAUGUUAUUAAAUUUCUACUUUUCACAAAAUUAGAUAAAAACUCAAUAUGUACAUUGGUUGGACUUGACUUCAUUUCCUAUGUAAUCUAAUCUUAAUGUUUUUCACUUGUAAAUGCGAGCCUCUAGCCCUAAGUAGCUGUAUAUGGUUCAUAAAUAAAAUAAAUCUAUAAAUAAAUAAAUUAAAAUAGGUAUUUUUUUUUUGCAAAUUUGAAAUGAAUUUUGAGCUCAACGGUGAUAAUUUUUGGGAUCUUUGAAAAAGGACUUGCUCAAAGUGGAAAAAAAUUGUUCAGUUUUUCACAUAAUGCCUGACUUUUAAAAAUUUAAAAGAAAUGCACGAUUUGGUACAUAUCCAUUUUUACACAUGAAGCAUGGUUUGUUUAUAAAAUUUCAAAAAAACUUUUUAUGUUUCUUUAAAUUAGGCUACAAAAUAUUAGCUUUGCCUUUAGAACUGCCAGUUGUGUUGUGGGGAUCAGUAAUUUAGCAUGUAACCCAACUUAAAUUAUAUUGUGUAUAAUAGCUUGCUUUUCAAUUGACACGAAAUUGGAAAUUGCUAAUGUACCUAGUAACUACUUCCAUAAUACAUACACGACACACGCGUGUAUUAUCGCUAAAUUGACAACUUUCAUUUUAUCUCAGGUGGCACAUUAAACUUUAAGCGAAAACUAAAAACCAAAAAGCAUUAUGUUGAUGAUAAUACAAGACACGCGUGUGUAUUACGAAAACAGUGGUAAAUGGUCGUAUAAAAUGUGAGAUGUAACAGAAUGUUUGAAUUGCUUGCCGGUAAUUUAAGCAAUAGAAGCAACGUUUUAACGAGACAUAUUCCCAAAAUUAGCCAACGUUCGGUACUUUGCAAAGAUAAAAAGAUUCUAACUUUACUCGCACAAACGUCUAAACUUUUGCUUCGCUUCGAAUAAUUCCUUACCUAUAUGUAAAUUUCGUUCGCGCUAUCCGAUAUCUUCACCGUUUGUUCUUUUCUUUAUUCAUUAUAUUUUACCAUACUACCCAACAAAUAGACAAGCAGGUUACAUUCAAGCAUAAUACUUAGUACAUAAUAAUGAUUCCUUUGUGAAAUGAAAUUUCACACGGACCAAAAUUUCAGACUUAACAGACACAACAAAUCAUAUCAUCGGUUUUACCAAAGCAAAAACGAGUCAGAAAGAAAGAUCAAUUUACUGGAAUGAAAGAAGAGCUCCUUUUUUGGUAGUUGGAAAUAGAGACUUCAUGAAAAUCUUAUACAGUAAUUUUCGCAUAGCAAUAAUGAGACGAUGCAAAAAAAACACGAGUGUCGUAGUUAGGUACCUACUGACUACACCUACAGGUCCAGCUACUUAAUGCUUACUUAGAUGAAAAACCAAGCGUUGAAUUUGGUGAUUCUGUAUUUGGUAAAUGUGCUUACCCAUAUCUAAUAAAUGAACAUUUAUUUUAAGAAAGAACAUUUUGACGAAUAAAAUGCAAAAUAUUAAUCAAAUUCAGCGACAUUACGAUAUUACUUAAUUUAUUUAUGAAUUAUCAAAAAUAUUCUCCUACCUACUUAUAAAAAAUAAUAAUCAAGGUUAAAAUAAAAAUUAAGAAAUAAAAAUCAUAAGUGAUUUUGAAAAACAAAAAAUAUGACCAUAAAUAAGUUUACAAAAAUUCAAAACGUGAUAUUAAAAGUUUAGAAGCAGAAUAGUACGUAUCCCAAAAGUUAUCUCUUUUUGAUUUAAAUAUGGCCCAGAGGACCCCUUGGUGUCUCAUGGUCCUUCUUCGGGUAAAAAUACCAGUUUACAAGUUGUUUAAAUGAUCACUCAACAAAAUCUUGAAAAAAUGAUAACAGUUUAAACGAUUAAUCAUGUCUCAAUGAUAUCUAAUGCAAAGAUUCCCAUACUUUUACCUGCUGAGAAGGAUCAUUUCACUUGUUUUCUUUUCAAAACAGAUCAUGUUGAUAAUUACCACAUCAGUGUUUUGCACACCCUAUCCGAAUUGAGAAAAAAUUACUUACUGGAUCCCAAAAGGAAUUGACUAGGUACUUGUGGCGUCGCUUGACAGGCAUCUGUCGAGUGCCAAGUGAUAGGGCAAGCUGCCAAGCGCAUCUGCACGCGCAGCAAACUGGUGGGAGGCAUUUUAUUCCACCUCUUGCCACAGAUGUAGUUUAUCAAUUAUUCAUUCUGUUUCUAUGUCGCGCGAGAUUACCAUGUACGAGUAUGUUACUUUGUAUGUCCCUCAAAUAAACAUCACACAUGCACCUGUCUGACUAUUUAUUUUAUCCAAGUCGUAGCUUGAUUUCGAGUUGAGGCCCAGACAUCACAUUGGUGACCCCGUUGAUGCGUUUUUUGAGGCAAUUUUAAUUAUAUUCAAUUGUUUUUGCGUGUGUACACGUUCCAAGCGAUUUUUUGCGUGAUUUUUACUUGUUUUCAGCGAUUUUUGAAUGAUCAUGGCGAUUUUUAGUUCCGUUGCAGACACACCUUGUUCUGGUGAAAGUUUUGAUGCUGCCCUACAAGAACUCAAGAGUCCAACUUGCUGCUGUUACCAAAGCUGUCAAUGAGCUGACCAACGACCAACUGUCUGAGCAGUCAAGUAGCCAGUCAUCUAGUCACAGGUAUGGACCUCGUUGUCAUUCAAAAAACCAGCAACGUGUUCCGUGAAUCAUAGUUUCUGCUGGUACCACAACCAGUGGGGUGAGCGUGCCAAAAGUUGUCCCAGGGCAUGCACCUGGCAGUUGUCAGAAAACUGCCAGUAUAGCGCCGCAAGUACAAGCAGCGGCUUGUGGCAGUUGUGGCACGCCGAAAGUCAAAUCAAAGCGAAUAUUUAUUUACGAUUGUGGCACAAAUCUCACCUUCCUCAUAGAUAGUGGUGCAGAUGUGUCUGUCAUUCCGGCCAAGCCAACCAAUUCUUAUCAUAGGGCGUCAUACACAUUGUAUGCAGCAAAUUGUGCCAAAAUCAACACGUAUAGUACUCGCCUGUGCCGCCUAAGCUCAGGCCUAGGUUGUGACUUUGUCCCACCAUUUGUUACUGCCAACGUAGAUCAGCCAAUUAUUGGCGCUGAUUUUUUGGCGAAGUUCAACCUACUGCCUGACUUGUGUCAGGGUAGACUGGUCGAUGGGUCCAUGUUGCUGUCAGCUGGCUGUACAGUCAGAAACAUCAACAUAGUCGCAACGUCUCUCAGCACUGUUGAUCAGUCUGCCAAGUUUUCUAAACUCCCAGCCAAAUUUCCAGAGUUCACACACCCCAAUGUCUGUCCUAGGUGCGAUGUCAAGCACACAACGGAGAUGUCAUCAAGACAGAAGGGCAACCUGUCACUGCUAAGGCAGGCGUGUCGCCUUCCUCCUGAGAAAUUCCCAGCUGCUAAGUUAGCUUUUGAGGAGAUGAGACACAGGCAAGUGGCGUAUGACAGGCAACUACCGGCGGUUAAAUGCUAUUACCAAGCCUGAUAAGUACCAAGUGCCAAAUAUUCUCGAUUUCAACAUUGCCUUGCUUUUGAACUACAUAAAUGUACAUAGGUACCUACUUUCAUUAACCUGUCAACAAUCGGGGUGUGGAUAGGAGAUGAACUUUCAGGGAUUUUUCCCUAUAAAAAAUAAUUAGCUUCAGUAUUUUUAAGCACCAUUGAAGAAUUCUGAGUUCAAAAUUUCCUAGGUCGUGAUUUUAGGAAUUUUUUAAAAUAAGUCAUCUCGACAUGAAAUCAACAAGUCUUAUUGCAAGCCCAAAUUUGGGUCAAGUUUUUAGGGCAUUUUGAAAAAAAUAACCCGAAACUCAGGGAAAAUAGGGGUUUUCGUGAUCAUUUUGAAAUCUGAAAUUUAGGUAACUGAGAGAAAUACAAUUUUAAACUUUUGAAAAUAUCCAUCAAUGAUUCACUCGACAAACGAUGGACAUUUUAUUUUCUACAAGAGAUAAAUUGACUCAUCAUUGGGUAAAAUCUAUAAAUAAGAAAUACUAUCAGAUAAUUAUUUACAAUGUUCGAGUAGGAAGUAUUGCCAAGAGUCUGCUUUAAUAGAUGACGUUAGGUAGGUAUCUCGUUUACAUGCGACGAAAGUGCUUCCCUCCUCGUAUCAAUUGGCAGUUUUAUGAAUCACUCUAAUUACCUACAUAUCUGCGUAAGCGAUAAGCUAAUGGUUCAUUUUAUCACUGUUUAUACAUUUUUUUUUCGAGGUACCAUUUUCAAUUUAUUCACGCUGCGUUAAGAUUGAUUUUGUCGGCGAGAUUUGGGUAUAGAUAACCCAAAAUCGUCACCACUGAUGGCGUACGUUAUCAAAAUUAGUUUUCUUGUACAUAAUCUUAUGUCAUGUCAUAGUCCAUAAAUAAAUUCUAAUCCCAGCCCAAGCAGCCGUGAUCAUCCCAAAAGCUAAAUAGGUAUAUAUACUAUAAUCGUUUAUUCUUCACGAUGCAGUUUCUUAUGAUUUUUCGAACUGAAAUAUUGACAAGUAGUUGAACAAAGUGAAACGUAAUUUAAUUUUUUUAAAGUGUGAAAUUUUGAUCUGUAUACUUAUAGGUACACUUACUAUCAUCGACUUUUUUCUUUUUCCCUCUUUGUUAUACGCACAGGUUUCGAAGAUGAAUUUCGUCAGCAUUGUAUUAUUCGUUUGCUGCUCCAUUGGCGGAGUAUUUUCGGAUCCGAAGUGCCAGGUUCAGUCUCAAGAUGGUAAAUUUAUGAAAGGAUGUGAAAUCGGAAAUUUGACUGUUACCGAUGCGGAUAAUCUCACGAUCAUCAAUGGAACGUCGUGUAAUUUGAAAAAUACAAGAGGAUACAUUCCUCAGUACAUGAAAUUCCAUAACUUGUCAAGGAAUGUUUCUCAAUCCCAGUCGUAUUUGUUGGCUGUAGUUGAUCUCACUACCAACCAAUUGCUAGGAUUGUUGUCCAAUUUAACCAUGCAGAAUGGCACAAUUCACACCUCUUCGAAGAUUAACCCGAACAUUCAAACGAUAAAAGGUUGGAACGCAUAUCCGAAUCCAAUUUCUGCGAACCACACAAUCCAAUAUCUGGUGUUUGAGGAACAUCGAAACAACUCCGGAUCAAAUUACACUGCUGAUUGGACCCUUUCAUUAUCUCCGUUCAAUCUGUUCGUCUGGGUGAAAUCUCAAGAAAGUAGUGGAAUUUCGAUUUGCGGUCCUGUCGCUGGUGGAGAUGCAGUGCUUCUUCCUCCGCAAGAAUCUCCUCAAACAACGACUGCAGCACCAAAGCCAACACCACCACCACCACCAACAACAACAACAACAACAACAACAACAACAACAGUGAAACCAUCAAAUUCGGGCAAUAAAUUAAAAUGUGUGAAAAAAUGUAUGAAAAUUAAUAACGAAAAAGGCAGAAAGAAAUGUGUGAAGAAAUGCUAAAAGCAAGAUUGGAGGCUAACUUAUCUAAAUUUACCUAUACCUACUACAUAAAUGAAUACCUAUAUACGUUACCAUGACUUUUGCUCGCUGUUUUAUCUAUGUAUAUCUAGUCGGUAGUCAGAUAUAAAAAUAGUUACUAGUUGACUUUUUAGUUGAAUAUCUCUGUCUAUUUUUUUUGUAAAUAUUUGUUAUGAUAAAUUUUAUUCAUUCUAGA